AUGGACAUGGAAUCUCUAAUCUCACAAACGGAAGCUCUCUCAUGGAAUGAUAUGAAUCUUCAACCAGCUCCAGAAACUGCAAAAGCAAAUUCAGACAAAAUCCUGAUAGGAAGGUUAGUAGCUGAUCGGCCUCUGAAUAAAUUUGCAAUACACUCUAGUAUAAAGGCCUCAUGGAACUUCAUAAAAAAUUUUCUCAUUGAGGAUCUGGAAAUCAACAAGUUUAUCUUCACUUUUAGAUCCAUUCAAGAUAAACUUAGAGUGUUAAAUCAGGUCCCUUGGAACUUUAAAGGACAUUUGCUUAUUCUGAAACCAUGGCCACUUGGAGCUACUCUUCAAGAAAUCAGUUUAAACUAUGCUAUUUUCAAUGUGCAAAUACAUGGAUUACCUCUAGAUCAUAUAACUCUUGAAAAUGCAAUUGAAAUUGGGAAAGCUCUCGGUUCUUUGAUCAAAGUGGAAGUAGACCCUCUCUAUGGAUUAGCCUUCAGAAAAUAUAUUCGUAUUAAAGUGGAGAUUGAUAUAACUAAGCCUCUCAAGCAAGGUUUCAUGAUGCCGAGAAUUGGGAACCAUGAAGUAUGGGUAGCUUUUAAGUAUGAAAAAUUAUCAGACAUUUGUUAUGCGUGUGGGAGACUUGGACACUCUCAAAUCUUUUGUGGUUAUCUAAGUUCACCUCCAACAAGACUUUCAUACGGCCCAUGGCUUCGAGCUGAAUUCAACAACUUCCCAGAAAAUAUUCAGUCAAACCAACAAUCAGAUAGUGGGCAACAGGAAGUAACAGAUCAAUUCGAACCAUUUCAUCCUCCGGCUUCAAAUGCAGAUGAUUACAGUAAAGGAAAGCAAGUUAUUUCCCCAAGAAAAAAUUAUGAAAUAACUUUGGGUGGACAGAGUAAUUUUACCAGUGUUCAAAUUGAGAAAAAUGCAGAAAAAAUACCGGAUGAGAUGCAUUUCCUCCAUUCUCCUUCAACUCACCAAAGGCCAAGUGAACUUGCGAAGGGAACGACCCCAACAGUUUCUCAAGCACUGUUGAACUACAGUGAUCAAUCACAAUUAAUUCUCUCACCUACCAGUGUAAAUGUGAUUACUGUUCGGCCAACCACUGCUCCCUGCAGCUUUAAUACAAGUCUCAGUCAAAUAUCUCUUCUUUCCUCAAGUACAGAAGCGCCGACUGAGCAAGGAAAUUCUUAUCCACCUUCUGAUCCUCACUGUCUUUUCUUCAUUUAA